AAUUCAUUGCUUGUAGUAUGUCUUUUAACCAUGGUUACAUGGAAACUCAGCCACACACACAUAUAUUUUAUAUAUCUUUGUUUAUUUUAUCUGGUUCAUUUUAUUUUUUAUGUUUCAUCAUCCUCAUCUUUAUCACUCUCUUUCAGGCUUCAUUCCAGUUUCUUUCUCUCCCCCCUCCUCUCACCCCUUAGCUGUCUUUUUCUCUGCUGUAAACAUUCAGCUGAAAUAUUUAUUGUGAAUACAUGGAUGAAGUGUUUCUGAGAAAAUAGAGUUAGGAAAAGGGAAUAAAGCUUAUGCUUGUUGGUUCACAUCAAUCUGUUGUUUUUGUUCUUGAUUCUAUUGAGCUGAGGUUAAAUAAUGAUUGUUUUUCUAUUUGUUAUUGCCCAUGUUUGAUGAUUUUUCUUUGGGUAUGUGAAAAAAAGCUUUAGAUGUUUCAUUAACACAGUAAGGAUUGUUGGGUUAGCGCUAGUGUUUCAAGGACUUUUUUUUUUUUUUUUCAUGUAGUUUGGAUGUGUUCCUGCAGUGUUUAUUGGAGGUUCGAAUCUUUUGGGAGUUUUCUUGCUAUUGAAUGCACUUAGCUUCAUAGAUGGGGAAAUGAAUUAUUAGAAUAAUCAUAGAUGAUGGGGAAGAAGAAGGGAUUGAAGAAGACAAAGGAGGUAUCAGUUGCAAUAUCAGAAUCAUCAGCAGCAGCAGCAGCAGCAGCAGGGCCACAGACUCCAAGAAAAAGAGGGAGGCCAAGGAAAGUUGUGGACAAGGAUGUGGAAAAGGAGGAUAAACAACAGCAGACAGCACAGGAAUUUGAAGGGACUAGAGCUUCCAAGAAAGCAAAAAUUAGUGAAGAAGAAGAAGAAGAAAAGGGGGACAAGGAAAAAAGACUGGAGGAAAUAAAAGAAGUGGUGGGGACAUCAUCAAACUCAAUAAAAGAAGAAGAAGAACAACAAAAGGAAUCACCAAAGAAGCAGCAGAGGAAGAGCAGAGCAAGGAAGAAAGGGAAGCCCAGAAAGAGCAGCUGAGAAUCAAGAAAGAUCCAUCAUAUGAUGAAUGAAUCUGAUGUAGCUCUUGUAAUGCUGUUAUGGUUCUGGUUGAUUCAUACCUUUUUUUUUUUUUCUUUUUUUCUUGUUAUUUGUUGGACUGUGGUGUGCAAUUUCCCCUGUUUUUGGUCAAGUGUAUAUAAUUCAUACUAUUUCUAUUCA